GUGGCGUUGGCAGUACGCAGCUGUCCAACCACCUCAACGCGUACGGCAUGACCACCAACCUCCUAACUGACACAGAUACACUGCGGCAUAGUCCCUGGCCUCCUGAAUUUCCUCCGGUGGAAAGCCCCACAACCGCCGACCGCUGUCAACUGCCUCCAGGAGCUAACCCUCAUGGUCAGGCUCAGAAAACAUGUGGUAGUGGUGGCAGUGGUGGUGGCAGCGUUAUCUUGUCGGCAGUCUCGGCCGCCACUUUCCCGCCCUCACUAGAGGAGUAUGUGGCCAGGGGGGACGGGGGGGGGAGGAAUGUGGGGAAGGAGCUGCCCGUCUUACGGCCUCUCUGCCGUGUGCUCGUCCAAAGGUACGAGCGCAUGUUCGACGCUGACGUGGCGAUGCCGCUGUUCCAACUCCUCUGCUCGCACAAACUGUCACCGGAGCGGAUCGAACAGAUGGCGGCGGCGUUUACGGCAUCACGAAAACCCCGAUGCAGUCAGGUGAUGCCAGAGCUGUACGACAAGAUGUACGGCGAUCUCCUCGCGGAGAUGGACCGGCUGCCACCUCUGUACGUCAGAGUCUGUUUGUCGGUCCAGUCGGGCAUUCCAUCACUCACUAUCCUGACUGCAGACCGCCCAUGCCCAAGGGCGCUACUGAAGCUUGACAGCAGGGGAGAGCAGAGGACGUCAGCUGGGGCGUACAUCGUCGGUGAAGACCUCUGA